UCUUCUGGUCGGGCUUGUCGGUGUCCGCGGACGCGUCACGCGUUACUUUUAACAACAACAAAGAAAAAGUGACGUAUUUGGGACUUGUUUGUUUUCCCCAAAGCGAUCGUUCGUUUUUGUGUCGUUUUAUUGCCAAGCUACAGACGGUUUUUUUUUUUCUCUCUCUCUCUCUCCUGUGUUUGUGCUUCCAACUUUAACCACAACAACAACAACAACAAUUUAAAAAAAACGAAAACAAGAACCAUGGCAGAGACAUCGGCAUCUCCAGCUAAACCCAAGAAAGCGCCCAAGCCCAAGAAGCCCGCAUCUCACCCCAAAUACUCGGACAUGAUCCAAGCGGCCAUCGCGCACGACGCCAGCCGGAGCGGAGCGUCCCGUCAGUCCAUCCAGAAGUUCGUCCGGAAGACCUACAAGGUGGGCGACAACGCCGACGUCCAGAUUAAGAUGGCCCUCAAGCGGCUGGUGGCGUCCGGGAUGCUGCGCCACACCAAAGGCAUCGGCGCGUCCGGAUCCUUCCGAGUCGCCAAGCCCGACGCCGACGCCAAAAAGUCCACCAAGAAGCCGGCCGCCGCCAAGACCAAGAAGCCGGCCGCCGCCAAGCCGGCCGCCAAGUCGCCCAAGAAGGCGCCCAAGCCCAGGAAGGUGAGCAAGCCGUCGGUGAAGCCCAAGAAAGCGGCCGCCAAGAAGACCAAGGCGGUCAAGGCGACCAAGAAGGCCGCGCCGGCCAAAGUCAAGAAGGCGACGGCGGCGCAGAAGAAGAGCAAGCCCAAGGCCGUCAAGCCGAAAGCCAAAGUGGCCAAGAGGCCAGUCAAGCCCAAGGCCAAGCCCGCAAAGAAGGCCACCAAAGCGGCCAAAAAGAAGUGAAGGGACACUAUCGCGCGCUGUGUAAAUAUUCCGGAAAGGACGCCUUUUCCUAUAUGUAUUAUUUUUCUAAGAUCCCACGCGAACUCUCAACGACACCAACAAUUGCAACUGGCAAUGAAGACGGCUUUUAAGGAUUCAUGUGUGUACACUUGUGCUUGUGACAUUGGUGGAGCCCUUGUAGUGACGUGGUCCAAGUUCGAGUGCUUUACUGUAGCGGAUCCGUUCAUUCCAUCCACCUCAUUGUGCGAAGUCUUUUAACUGAACGCCGCUUUGAACGACAUUUCAAUAAAACCCAAAACGUGUUUUCAAAAGUUCUUUUCAUGCUCCUAAUU